AUGAAAGAAUCAAAAUCUUUAUCUUAUGAUAUCUCUUGGCUAGAUGAUGAUGCUCUUACAGCAAGUGAUAAGCAGCUACAAUACUAUGAGGUGAAGGAAUCGGAUCUGCGAGACAACGAAUGGCUUUAUCUGUAUGCUGAACUUGUAUUAUUCUCCAAGUGGGCAAUGGACCUUAGCGCCUAUUUGCCGGUGAAGAUGAAGAAAGUUGUGGUACGAACAAGGGAAGAUGUAGAGUCGACUACGAAGCUCAGGUCUAAGAAUGCAACUUUCUACAUGAGUUUCACGUCUUGUGGGGGUCUUGAAUGCAGAGGCAUAAUAAGGCGGACAACAGAUGAAAUACCACAACACAUGAGCCUUCAAGUUAAAUGUUGGAUCGACAACUAG